AUGGAACAACAAUCAAGGUUGGGGAGGAAAUCAACAAGGGAACUAUCAACCAAGUCAACCACAUCAAUACCAACAAAGACCACCUUUUCCACCACAAAACUUUCAGCCAAGGCAACCACAACACCCUCCUCAAGUAUGUCUUUAGAGGACAUAGUAAAAAGUUUGGCAACUAGUACACAAGCUUUCCAACAAGAGACAAGAGCAAUCAUAAAGAACUUAGAGAAACAAGUUUCACAGCUUGCUACUUCCGUAAGCAAACUAGAAUCUCAAGGAAAGUUGCCUGCCCAAACUGAAGCAAACCCAAGGCACAAUGUGUGUGCCAUCACAUUGAGAGGCGGGAAAAGCUAUGAUGGUCCAAAAUUUUCGGUUGAUCAAAAAGAAGAUGAAAUAGUGGUUGAAGAGGCAACCAAAGAAGAGAAGGAGGAAGAGAAAACAAGCGAAAAGAAGCCUUUCAUCGCCGAGUCCAAAGUCACACCUGCUCCAUUUCCCGAAAGAUUAAAGAGCACGAAGAAAGAACGGGAGGAGAAUGACAUCAUGCAAAUGUUCAAGAGAGUUCAAAUCAACAUUCCACUCCUCGAGGUCAUCAAGCAGGUACCUAGAUACGCAAGGUUCCUUAAGGAUCUUUGUGUAUCUAAAAAGAAAUUAAAAGGAAAUCAAGUCGUAAUGGUUGGGGAGCAUGUAUCCGCGGUUUUGCAAAAGAGGAUGCCCCCAAAGUGCAAGGAUCCCGGUGUCUUUACCGUGCCUUGCAAGUUGGGAAAUCUUUAUGUACCCCGAGCUAUGCUUGAUCUAGGUGCAUCUGUAAAUGUCCUAUCAUAUUCUCUUUUCAAAUCAAUUGGUGAAGGAACAUUGAGCAAAACCGAUGUGAUCAUCCAACUUGCUGAUCGGUCUUUGGUACACCCAAAGGGAGUAUUAGAGGACGUGUUAGUGCAAGUUGAUGAAUUUGUCUUCCCGGCUGAUUUUUAUGUCUUAGAUAUGGGAGACGAUGACUCUCCAAGUUCAAGUUCCAUUCUUUUGGAUAGACCUUUUCUUAAAACUUCUAAAACAAAAAUCGAUGUCUACAAUGGAACCUUGAGUAUGGAAUUUGAUGGUGAAGUUAUCAAUUUCAAUGUGCAUGAAGCAAAAAAGACUCCUUUUGAUGUUCAAUCUGUUAAUUUUGUCAAUUUGAUCCAUCCCUCAACAAAAAAGGGUUUGAACUUGUCUAACAAUGAAUUUCUGGAGUUAGUUUUGUCACGAAAACUAGACAGGGACAAAGCCAAAGAGCUUGCAAAGAAGUUUGAUAUGGAUAAUGAAGUGUUGGAGAUUUUAGAGUUUAUUGAUGACAAGAAGCAUGUAAGGAGUUAUGAUAUGUUAGAGAGUCCCACGUAUCGAGACUGA